UCGUGUGUUGAUUUCCUUAAAUAGACAUUCGACUGGGAAUAUAUAUCAGGCCGAGACAGAACAAGCAAGUGACCUCGGAGGAAGACGAAAUCGUUGAUAAUUUUUAACUUAAUCUGUGUACAUGUCUCCAGUUCUGUGACAUCAGAUCUAGAGAAGAUAUUGUUUAAUUGAGAAACAUAUAAACAGACCCGUAAAUAGUGAACACAAAUACUUCAUCGUGAUAUUCGCCAUUAACAGGUGACAGCUUUUCGCCAGGACAGCUACAGUUGCUAAGGAACAGGUCAUCAUGAAAAGAGAUUAUCGUUUCAACAAACUGAAAGGAAAUGACGCGGAAAAAGAAUGCAAGUUACUUUCAUUCGCCAUUCAAGCAAUCUAGCUAUUAGGGUGUAUCGACGCGACAGAGACGUUUUGGGAGCGGGGCAGUGAAUACUGGAAGCACCCAUAGAACCAGAUUGGCGUCAUCAUGAAAGAAGUCUUAAAGCGUGAUUUGCAACUAAAUCGAAGCGGUACAAGAUUAAUAACUUUUUGAGAACUGGACCAAAACGGGAAAAGAGCAUCAUCGAUUAUAAUUCAAUAAUAUUUGCGCUCAAUUAAACACGUGUCUUUGGGUAGGAAAUGAGAGACUAGUAUAUAGUGAUAGGAUCCCAUUUUUUUAUCAAUUAGUCAAGAAACCAUCAACUCAACAUGCCGAAGAAAAUAAAGCCUGUUGCUGAAGUGAGCACGAUCAGCAAGAAAUGCCCUGCUCACCCUCAGAAUGACGUCAUGUUUGUUUGUAAAAACUGUAUGGAAGACCUCGUAUGCUCCCAUUGCGUGGCGACAACCCAUAAUGGACACUUUUUCGUUGAAUUGAACGAGUUCGUGAUACAGAAGACGGACGACAUCGAUCAAUUUCUCAGGGAGGCCGAGCGAGACCUGCCGACGAUAAAAAACAAGAUUGCAGCUACGGAGAAAAAUUUGAAUGGAAACGAUGGCUACUUCAAGGACGUUAUAAACGACAUCCAGAGACAGUCGUCGGAACUGAAGGCGGAAAUAGACAAAAUCAGCGAUAACUAUGUAUUGCUUUGUGAGCAAAUGGAGGAAGAAAACAAAGAGAAUCUCCGAAAGUUCAAAGAGGAACUGGAAUAUAUCUACAGCAAUAUGUCAGCUCUCGUGAGAACGUGUCGCGACGCGAUCGAGUCAGCCAAUGACAUGGAGAUCAUAUAUGCGGAACGAAAGAUACCGGAAGAUCGAGAUAUCCCGACAGAGAUCCCAUUAAAGGCUGCCAUUUUCCGGCCAGGGAAUUCCGGUACGGAACAGAAGAUCCGCGUCUUCGGAACGCUUGCAAUUGAAGGCAGCAACAGUUUGAGCGAACGGUCCGCGCUUUCCUCAUCUCCGCAAAACCUGGAAAUGCUUUCGGAAUUUCAACACAAUAAAAGAGUCCACUCAAUGAGUCCAGUUGGGGAGUAUGUGUGGCUGCUAGAGCGACUCAGUCAGGAGAUUGUACUUGUCAAUCUCAGUGGAGCAGUACAGCGCACGAUCCAAAACGAGUCUCGGGUGUACGACAUUGCCGUCUCCACAGUAUCCGAACACCUUUGGCUCUCGUGCGAAGACCGUACAAUCCGCGAGGUUCAUACGGCAACCAUUCCUGUCAUCAGAUUUCGGGUAGAUGAAACGCCGCGAUGUCUCUGUGUCACGGGAGAUGAUUACAUUGUCAUCGGCAUGGACCGGAAGAUCGUCAUCUACUCCAGUGAAGGUCAGAUCGAGCGGGCAAUGGACAAGUUCAGCCCAUUGGCCCGAAUGCUGAAACGACCUCAUCACAUAACGGCAUGUGAUCGCGCGGGAGAAUUGUCUGUUAUCGUUUACGACAAUCAGGUCACGCGCAAACUCCACGUGACCGUGGUUGACGAGAACUUACAAGUGAAGUACCAUCACGAGGGAGACUGUGUCACAAUCCGGAACGGAAGUAUCCGUGGUUCAGGUUACAAUCCGCCCAAGAAGUUCCGGCCGUAUGAUGCGUGCUACGACAAGCACAAGAACAUGCUGAUAACGGAUAUGAACAACAAGAGCGUGGUUAUAGUUCACGGGAAAAACAAGAAGAUGGAGACACUGGUGACCGAGGACUAUGAACCUCACGGUAUCGCCCUGCAGGAGAACGGGAACCUGUGGGUCAGUCUCGAGGGAAACAAGGUUAAGGUCUACAAAUAUCAAUAGACGUGAUGUCACGUGUGAAAAUAAUGAAAUGUAGAACUAGGAUAGUUGAGAUUAUUUGUGCACCAAACAACAUAGCAUGGAAUAAGGUAUCUUCCCUAGUAUUUAUAAACUGUGAUUUUUUAAAUAUGAGUUUGAUCAUGACAACAGUUUCAUAAAUACGAGUCGAAGUGUUUAUUUCCUGGAGUUGUGCGUGUAGGCGCAUGCCGGAAAUUUCGUUCUCUUUAGGACGAGAACACAACUGUGCUCGUUACUGUAAAACUAACACAGGAACUUAGCUAUACUGUUUAUUAAAAUAUAAACAGAACAGUGUGACACAUCAAAGCAAACGUGUAUUUAUUUAAUAGUGUGUGGUUCGUGAGACUUCAGAGUUUCUCCCGGAUUAUCUUCCGAUACCUAUCCCGAAGAGUAUUACUCUGUACCACCAUAGUUUUAAAGGGAUCUUCAAGAUCCGAAUGAUAUUAAGUUUACAAUUUAUUUUGAGCUGACAAAAUUUCAAAAACAUACAGAAACAAAAACAAAACGGACAGUUAGUUAUCAAGGACAAUGAUAGAAAUAACUUUGCUAAAAACACACAUAAUUCAUUUAUUGGAGCGA